ACGCUAUGAAUUGUGGUAUUAUAGGAAAUCAAAACAUGGCGGGAGUGUGCCGGGGAUCAUUGUAAUAAUAUAAACUUAGUAAACGAACCAAUUUCAACAGACUGUCAUGUGUGAGAAGACCAUAAAGGUGACACAGUGGCUGAGUAACAUUUUUGGUGACCAGCCUAUUCCACACUAUGAAGUUAACACUCGGACCACGGAAAUCCUGUACCAGUUAGCAGAGUGUAAUGAAGCUAGAUGUAGAGAUGUGGUUCUGCUGACAGAGGAUCUCGAGCAGAAAGCAGCAGAAUAUGGUACAGAAGGAAGUUAUCUUGAGGAGCUGCUGUUGGAAGGUGUUGGUCUGUCUUCCAGCAGCCUGUCCAAGACAGCAUCCAGCUAUCUGAAUGCCCUGGAAGGGAGCGCCAUGUCACUUAAUACCAAGGAUACCUCACUGGCAAGUUUUGUGGCUGCAAUGAAUGAUCUUACAGCAGAGAUCCUUGCAACAGAAAAGAAGAAUCAAGAAAUGGAUCAUGAGCUGACUAUCCUGAGAAAAAAACUGACUUCUGCUUUGGUACUGCGCAAAAGUUUGCAAGAAGACUUGAGCAAGACUGAAGAAAACCAGGUGGUCGAGAAAGCUAGAGCUGAAAAUCGGCUGCAAAAUAUGGAUUUUUUCAAAGCCAAAUCUGAAGACUUAAAAUUCAGAAUAAAGGCUGCAGAGAAUCAGCUGUCUGCGAGCAGGAUGGAGCCCUCCUUAUCUCACCAAGCCCUACUGGAUCUUUCAGAGAAACUGGCCAAGCUGAAACAAGAGACCAUACCUAUGAAAAAGAAGCUGGAAUCCUUCCUAGACUUAACUCCAAAUCCGUCUCUUGCACAAGUGAAGAUUGAAGAAGCUAAAAGGGAACUAGCUGCCAUUGAUGCUGAACUUACAAUGAAGGUGGACAUGAUGGAAAUAGCAGUGCCUGAUCAGCAUGCGAGGCAUGUGAUUUAAUGCACAGAUUUUAAGAAGCAUGAACUGUAAGCACAUUUGUAAAUAAAUAAUGAUUAAAAACA